UAGAUUUUCUUUACAUAGACCUCUGCACAAACGCGCAUCUCUCGGUCUGUCGAAUUCCCGAAACCCUAAUUAGGUUUUCUCAUUUCCGGUGAUUCGACGGAACAUCGUAUCUGGAAGAUUGUCGCGUGUCUUACUUCUCCACAAUCGUCGGUUUCAAGGGGCAGGAUGAGUUUAUCGUUUUCAAUUAACGCGAAAUCGCAAUCGAAUCGCCUCAAAAAGCCGACGGCAUCCUUCGCCGACGCCGCGGCGGCGCCGUCCGAUUCAUCUGCCCGGAACUACGUGACAGAGUUUUCCGCAAAAGCUCCGCCGCCGCCGGAGUCCAAGAUCAAGCCAAUUGAGCCGAACACUUGGCCGCCAAAUAAGAAACUCAAAAACCUCCCGGACCUUUCCCAACCAAACGAUUCGGUCCUGCAAUUCGAGGUGGAUACCGGCGGCAAGCCUGAGGCCGGCUCCGACACUUCCAUGGGUUACGGGCUCAAUAUCCGCCAACGGUCGGCCGAGGAUCCAACUCGAGGUCACGAAACAAUUGCGGAAAUGGAGUUGCGGAGAUUGAGGGAAGAUUUGGAGAAGCUUUCGGAGGAGCCUGGAAUGGAUGACUACGAUGAUGUCCCUGUCGAAUCGUUUGCCUUAGCAGUGCUUUCCAGGCAGGGAUGGAAGGAGGGAAGAGGAAUAGGGCGAAAUGCCAAAGAGGAUGUGAAAGUCUAUGAGAUCAAAAGGAAGGCAGGCAAAGGAGGGUUAGGGUUCACCGGAGAAUUACCGGAAAAUCGACUGGAUAACAAUGGGAAGAAAGUCGAGAAUGGGGAAGUUGAGAGGAAGAGAAGUGAAGAUCAGAAGGAGAAGAAAGGGUUUGAUGUGGGCAAAGAGGUGAGAGUUGUGCACGGAAAGGAGUUCGGAACAGUUGGGAAGAUCGUCGAAGUGAGGCAUGGGGGAGACACAUUGGUGUUGAGGAUAUCAAGAAGCAAUGAGAAGGUGAAAGUGCAAUCCCGGGCUGUAGCAAUGGUGGGCUCGGCCGAGGAGGAGAAGUGUGUGAGGAUGAUGAAGGAGCUGAAAACCAAGGAGAAAGAUGAUAUAAACGGCGAAAAGGGUAAAAAGCAGUCGAGGAAGAGAGGGCAUGACGAGAAGUCGACGACGGAUAGGGUGAAUUGGUUGAGGAACAAUAUUAGGGUGAGGGUAGUGAGUGAAGAAUUGAAAAAUGGGAGAUUGUUUUUGAGCAAGGGAAUGGUCGUGGACGUAGUCGGGCCGGGAGUAUGUGAUAUUUCGAUGGAUGGGAGUCGGGAAUUGGUACAAGGGGUCGAUCAAGAUUUAUUGGAGACUGCACUGCCAAAGCGCGGGGGGCCUGUGAUCGUGUUGUAUGGUAGACACAAAGGCGUGUAUGGGAGUUUGCUCGAACGGGACUCGGAUAAGGAGACGGGGGUAGUUCAGGAUGCCGAUACUCGGGAGAUACACACAGUGAGGCUCGAGCAGAUUGCGGAGUACACAGGCGAUCCGAGUGAUAUUGGCUACUAGGUAACAACGUUAUGGUUUGAGCUUUAAACAUUUUACGGUAUCUAUAUGAAAAUUAUAUGUGAUAUUGAAUGCAUUGAUGGAGUUUAUAUUGUA